ACGCAGUUGUGGAAGCCAAGAUGCAAGCGAAUCAACUAUGGUGGCUGUUUGCAGCGCUGCAAGUCGGGUGGAGCGUUGUCGUACCUCCGAAGGAUCGUAACAAUGUUUGCACUACCAAUGAGUGCAAAGAAACUGCAACACGAAUUUUGAAUGGCAUGAAAUCUGACAUCAACCCAUGCGAUGACUUUUAUGAAUUCACUUGUGGUAGUUACAUCUCAAAAACUGCGAUUCCACCGCAGAGGACUGCAGUCAACAGAUUUGUUCAAACCAUGAUGAAGGUGGAAACGGAAAUGGAAAGUGUUAUCAAUACCUACAGACCACCAGGCGGGGCGCAAUCGCCUCGGACAAAAAUGCAUUACAUGUUCAAAUCUUGCAAAAAACCGGAUACAACGGAAGCGAUUGAGAUCAAGAACCUUAAAGCGGUUCUUAAAGACAGUGGUUUCGCAUCGUGGCCCAAGGUUGUUUCGACCGCCUCCCCACCUAGAAAUCAAUAUAAUGUGAUUAAUGAACAAGGUUGGAAUGGACUGUUUGGAAUUUUUGUGGAAGAAAAUUAUUUCAACCCUGGUACCCAUACAAUAUUUAUGGAUGUUCCCAACUUCGAACCUUUGACGGAGCGAGCAUUUCGUGACCUUCCAAGGCCAAAGAUGGAAUUGUACAAACAGUUCAUUGUAGAUAUAAUUAAAAUUUUAUAUCCGGAAUUAACAAAACAUAUAGGCGCUAUCGCAGAAUCAAUAUAUGAUUUUGAACUUGAACUUAUGAAGGCUACAACUGAAGACAGCAGAAUUGAUCCAAAGGACAACAGAAAAUUGACGACACUUAAGGACGUAGAGAAAUUGAUUGGGGGACUGCCUUGGAAAAGAAUUCUCAAACACCCAUUCGAAGCCAUUAAAACGUCUUUAAGAGACUCACAGAGCGUCAUCAUAUGGAGAUUAGAGUACUACAAAAUUGUUUCUAGACUAAUUAGUCAAAAAUCGCCGGAAGUGCUUUUUAAUUAUCUUGGGUGGAAGCGAAUUGUUCAGCUUUUAUCCUACACAAGAUCGAGACUCUACACUACAUACUCCCAGUUUAUGGGAUCAGUUGACGCCUCCUUUAAUAAACUUUCUGCUCAAGCUAACUGCAUCCGUCAACUGAUGAAGAAUAUGAAAUACGUGUUUGGAGAUUCAUACACAUCUGCAUACUUCAAGUUAGAUGUGACGGCUGAUAUAUCCGAAAUAAUCACAUAUUUGAAGGAAUCACUCAUAAAUCUUCUUGAAGAAAGGGAAAAGAAUUGGCUUGACACAAAAACAAGAUCGGCUGCGAUUAAGAAGGUCAGGGAUAUGUACCAGAUCAUUGGUUACCCUAACUGGAUCAAGGAACCUCUCGAACUCCAAUCUUUAUACCAAUUCCUACCAACAGUUUCAGAUACCAUGAGCUACGUGUCACUAAUGAACAUGACGUUACGCAACAAUUUUUACGCAAAUCUUAAGCAAUUGCCUGCCACCGUUGUCAGGAACAAAGUUAUUCUACAGGAUCCAGCCAUAAUCAAUGCAGAGUACAUUCCUCAAACAAAUGCUCUAGUUCUAUACGCAGGACUACUGCAGAGUCCAUUUUAUCAGAAGGAUAUUCCAAUUGCUGUAAAAAUGGGAGCGACUGGUUGGACUUCGGCACAUGAACUAACUCAUGGCCUCGAUACGCUUGGCAGCCAGUUUGACGCUACUGGAAAGCUUCACGACUGGUGGAGCCCCGAGGUGCGGAAGAGAUUCACAUCUCUGACCCAUUGUUUCACCAAUCAAUACAGUGCUAUUACAGACACAGAAGCUGGCAUGCCGCUGUACGGGUUGCGGAAUUUGCGAGAAAAUAUUGCGGACAACGGCGGCAUGAGGAUCGCAUACAAGGCUCUGCAAACGGCCCUAACGCGGACUCCUGCAAGCCGAGUGAAGCUACCUGGACUUGAGAAAUACACUGCAGAGCAGCUCUUUUUUAUUUCAUUUGGAAGUAUGUUCUGCAACAAAAUGACCACGGACGCAAGGAUACAGUUUAUUCGUGCAGACCCCCACACGGUCCCGAGACAUAGGGUAAAUGUGGCUUUGAUGAACUCUGUCGAAUUUUCAAGCGCUUUCAGCUGCAGAAACGAUCGAAAGAUGAACCCAAGACAAAAAUGCGUGCUCUGGUAA